AUUUGCAUCUUCACCCAGAUGGAUCACCUGGGUGAGCAAACGAACAAUCUCUCCUCGUAGUUUCUUUAACAUAUAAUAAUAAUAAUAUAACAAAAAUAAUAAUUAAACAAUAACAGAGUUGGAACCCCUAUUAAUACACAUAAUGAAGAAAAGUUUCUCAUUUUUUUUCUUUCUAAUUUAGGGUAUCCUAGCUUCAUGGAGAAGCUCGGACUAAUCUCCAAAAUGGUGGUGCAUGCAAUGAUGUGACUCACAUAUGAACUCUCACUAUGAAUAUUCAAAUCGGCCGUCAGGUAAACCUAUAUCCGCGUAGUCACAAGGUAAAGUGUAGUGAGAUGCUUUCGAAUCCUGAUUUCUUGGCAAUCUGAAAGUCUGCCUAUCAUUAACCACUUAAGUCUCUCAUCUUUGUACCAACAUUCUUUAUAAAGAAUCGAUUCUUCAUCUCUCUUCUAUACUUUUUUUCUCUUCCUCUUGCUGUGCAUGCUCUUGUUGGUGAGUUGGACAAGCAAAAAGAUUCUACUGUACGUAGCUUCAUUUUAUGCGAAUAGCGUGAUUGUGUCAUCACGUUUUAAAAUAAUAAUAGUUGGAACUGCCUAACUGGUAUAAAUACACACAUAAGAUUAUUCUUUACCUACAACACAAACAUAGAGAUAGAAGAAAAUGAAGAGAAAUUUGAGCCUGAUUGCUUUGUUCCUGGUUCUCUCUUUCGUGGUUUCAUCUUAUGCAGCUUCAACUCAGCCAUACCAAAUCCGCAAAGUUUGUAAGAAAUCCUGCAAAAUUUAUAAUCUGAUUUACUCCAUAUUUUCCAUUUUAGUUUACUUAUUAGCCUCAAUUUAUCCUGCAGUGAUGAUAGAAGCACCCCCUAAGUCAGGAUCCGCACGCCGAUGUUGUUAGCAAGGCGAAACAGCAUGUGAGCGGCCGUCUAUGGUUCGCAUGGUGUUUAAGUGGACCGGUUUACAAAUAUUUUAUUAUAUAAUUCCUUUUUUAACAACAUUUUAUAGUUCAAAAUGAGCAGAAUAUUAUAAAAAGAUACUCCCUCCGUUUCAUAAUAUAAGUAGUUUUGGCUAAAAGCGCGAAGAUUAAUAAAAUUAUUA